GCUAUUCUCGAUUACUGACGGCUCUUUCUUUUUCAGUCGGAUCCAUUUCCACAAUGUAGUUGGUUAACAACAUUUUGCUCAAACGAAUAGACAUCAUAUGAUUGAUUCCAUUUGUUCUUCAUUGGGUUUUAUUGAUUCCAUUUGUUUAAGAGAAAUCUCAGAUUUGUUUAUGAAGCUUGGAGUUGGAGAAUGGAAUUGGAUUUCGAAAGGUAUUGUGUUAUAGAAGAUGAAAGUCCUAAUACUGUUCUUCUUCCUCCAGAAGUUCAUAGAAUAAGCAACAGAAGAAAGAACUUGAAACAAGAAUUCAAAGAGAUAAACUUUAAUCGUUUCCGUAGUUUUUCUUGUAAAACUGUUGCAAAUAGAGCAUCUGGGUUAGACAAGAAUGAAUUGUUGAAGAGGGGUUCUGUAUCUGUAUAUCAAAGCUCAAAAGAAAACAACUGUAAAGAGAGAAAGAAGAUUGAAAUAUCAAGGAAAAGUGAUGCCCCAUUCUCUUUUAAAAUAUUAGAUUCUUUCUGCAGUUCUGAUGAGGAUGAAGAACAGAUUAAGAAGAACAGAGGAGGAAACAUUGCUUGUUGUUCAGAUGAGUUCUUAGAAUUCUCUUUGGCUGAUUUGCCUGUUCAUUCAGGAAUCAAUAGUUCAAGGCCUAGCUUGAUGAUGAAAAGGAUGUUAAACUCGUUUGCAAAAUCAAAAUCCCAUAAGAUUCAGAGGAACAGCAUGACUAGAAAUUCUAAAUCUUCUGAGAAAUCAAGGAUGGAAAUCUGUUGUUCUGUUGGUUCAAGUUCAUCAGCUCAUCUUCAUGGUUUUCUAAAGGUAAGAAUUAGAAAAGGGUUUCCUUCAUUUGAAUUCUCAGUUAACUCCAUCGAAGAGGAUGAUGUUAAAUGGAAAGCCGUGAAAAAGAAUACAACUGGUAGAUGGGUUUUCGAAGAUUGCAGUAAAAAACCAUCUAUUAUAAUCGGGGAGAUGCAAGUUUCGUGUAAAGACAAUGUUGUCACUGAAUUUGUUUUGUACGAUGAACUAGAGAAUUCAUGUUGUUCCUCCUCAUCUACAUCAGGAUUACAUCCCCACACUGAAAUUGCAGCUAUUGUAAUCGAAACAUCCACUCAAAAACCCGAUUCAAUACUGCCAACGAUCAACAUUGUAAUCCCAGCUGGUUCCCAUUCUCAGCCAAGUAGUGAAAACAUCGGGCCUUCGCCAUUACUCGAUCGCUGGAGGCUAAACGGAGGUUGUGAGUGUGGCGGUUGGGAUAUGGCAUGUCCAAUAACAGUCCUCACUAACUCAACACUCCAUAAUCAGCCUCAGCCUAGGCCUCUUCAACUUUUUUUCGAGGGACGAGGAGGAAAGGAAAAUGAACCGGGCUUAUCAAUGAAAGCUAUAGAUGGCGGUUCCUAUUCGGUUGACUUCCAAACGCGUUUGUCCAUGUUACAAACAUUCUCGAUUUGCAUUGCUAUCUUACAUUGUACAGACAAACGAUUGCUACAAGCUGAUUCAACGAGAAGUGUUCAACCGCCAUUCGCUCUCAAUCCACCAUUUUCUCCUAUUGGUAGAGUAUAAAUUUUAUUAUCAUGAGUUAAAAUUACCCAAAAAUAUAAGGGAUUUUGAAGAAACUAGGACACAUGUUAUGUAUAGUAAUAUUUUAUCCAUUUUGUUCUUUAGUUUUAUAAUAAAUGAUUACAAAAUUGUUA